AUGAGCUUGCACUUUACCGAUAAGCUAGCAUCCCUCAAACGCCUGAUUCACAAGCUUCGAAACAAAUCUCGAAAGCGCCACGAUGAAUUCUCGGAGAAGGAGAAUUACAAUGUCCACCAUAACAAUUACUCGGCACCCAGCAGAAAGGACAUAAAAGUUGGAAAUCGAGGGAGAGUUUGGGACGGGGAAGAUGCAGAAGAUAUUCAUCACACAGCUUCUCGGCAUCCGGAGUCGACAGCAAUUCCGCCCUCGCCCGGACGCGUGGGUCUCGGCUUUGCAGUAGAACAGGAGCAGCUGAAAGAUGAGGCGCAGCAGCAAGAUUUGUCAUCUCCUCCUUCGCCUCCCCACCGUCGUUCCACACGAUCAAAGACUUGGGAGAGCGUGAAGAGCGUGAGCGUCAGCUCAAUACGAUCUGUGGCCACGGUGGCCCAGGCCAUCGUAUGCAUGCCCCGGCUGACGCGGUCCGAGUCUCAUAUUCCUCCUCCGUCACUCCGUGGCCCGGUUGUGCCAAGGGCAGAGCCAGGAUCGCAACCUGAAGGAAUACCCGAAGAAGAAAACGGCCAGCUAUCGCUCGAAGCCUCUCAAAGCUCUUUUGCAAAGUCCAAGCAUCCCACCUUUCCACUGGACAAAUCGACAAUGUCAGAUUUCACAGAACUGGCAGCUAUCCGAGCCAAACUGAAGGAGCGUGAGAGAACGUCCGAAUACUUCAAUCAGAUAUGGGAGGAUGAAGCACUGCCGCGAUUGAAGGAGACCAUGGAUGAAGGCAACAUCACAGAUUACAAUAUCUCGAUCCAGGCUGACUACGGCGAGUCUGGCGUCCUCAGAAUUGUGGAAGUUGUUACCAAGAAAAGGCUCCCUGAAAACACAAAUCAAGAGCUCAGGAAUAAUGUCUCGAAGAUCUUUACACCGGAGCGAUCUUUGCGCGUUACCAUAUCUUUCACCAUCGGAGUCGUCAAGCGCACCUCUGGAACGGAAGAACCGUAUAACGCCGACUAUCACUCACGUCUAAUGAUAGGUGACUCUGUUGGGUUUGAGAACGGUGAAUAUGCAGCCACACUUGGCCCAGCAAUUAAGUGGAGUGAACGAGUUGGGUGUCUCGUGAACUUUCACCUUUUCGACGGAGCUCCAGGAAUCAAGGAUGAGCAAGAAAAGUCAGACUGCUAUCUUGUGCACCCAGCAGGAAUCGACUGUCCAAGGGGAAUAGUUCCUCAGCGCAUUGCAAAGCUUGGCGCACACUCGGGAUUCAAGAUGUAUCGGACCCAACGGGUCUCCAGGUCUAUUCAAGACUUCUGUCCAAAGGUCCCUCCAGGAAUACCAAGGGUAGAAACCGACUGGGCAUUCUGCGAUCUUGAAGGCAACGGUUUAUUGCUUCAAAAUUUCAUUCGAUACGCCCCAAAUGACCGUGAAGUUGAACCGCAUUCAGGUCUAAUCUCAGAGAUAUUUUUGGGCAGCCCCAACCUUCGACUGGUUCGCUGUACUGGUCGCAGUAGCGGUUUUAGAUACGCGUCAGUAUGCGAAACGCCGAUCAUUGUUAAGCAGGGCCCGGGAGAACCUACCCGCGAAUGGUAUCUCGAAAACGUUCCAGACAUAUUGACCGUUGAAAAGUGGAAUGCCGGGGGUAUUGGCAUACCGGGCGACUCCGGAGCAGCCAUCAUCGACGACGAGACGCAGGCAUUCAUCGGCCAUGUUUGGGGGCGUAACCAUUACGAAGAAGACGCACCUACUGGUCGCAGGCUAGCCUACUUUUCACAUGUCAUGGACAUUUUUGACGACUUCGAAUCACGGUACCCCGCAAUGGGCCGCCCGAGACUGAGGACCGAUACCGACACAACUACAUCAGCUCCCGUCCAACCCGUCGCCGGUGGCCGAGAUCUCAGCAACAGAGUGACAUUCGUCGACGGAGAGGUUCCACGUCGGAGCAAAGCUGGGCUGCCGAUUUCAUUCUUCGGGGACUACAUUCACUGA